AUGAACCAAGAGAGAAGCGUGAUGUCUGGAAGAGGUAAAGGAGGUAAAGGCCUGGGAAAAGGCGGAGCGAAGCGGCACCGCAAAGUGCUCCGUGAUAACAUCCAGGGCAUCACGAAACCAGCCAUCCGGCGCCUGGCUCGCCGUGGCGGGGUCAAGCGCAUCUCGGGCUUGAUCUACGAGGAGACCCGCGGGGUGCUGAAGGUUUUCCUGGAGAAUGUGAUCCGGGAUGCGGUCACCUACACUGAGCACGCCAAGCGCAAGACGGUCACCGCCAUGGAUGUGGUGUACGCUCUGAAACGCCAGGGCCGCACUCUCUAUGGAUUCGGCGGCUGAACAUUAAGCGACCUUUUUCCAGCGAACCCAAAGGCUCUUUUCAGAGCCACCCAAACCCUCUGAUAGAGAGCGGAGACCUGAGGACGGGGAAAGCAGCGCAACUCUAGUGUUGUCGGUUAUCUCACAUAUGCCGUAAUUUUAAAAUUAUUUCCGUUCCGUAACGUACUAAUACCGUGUUCCGCGGUGCAACAGAGACCAUUCAGUGUGGACGGUUCACUUUUUUGUUGUUUACCGUGGCCAAUGCUUUUACAAUUGUAAGCAUUCCUCAAGUGUAGUUCAGGGUAUUCGGCGAAUCUAGCCAAGUGUUCUGCAACCUGAUUAUUCCAUGUCAACUAUCGCAUCAUGAGUUGUAAUUGUAAAAUGUAGUUGCAGCAUUGGCCAUUCUGCCCAUCCAGCUUGUUCUACCAUUCGAUUAUGCAGGGAUAUUUCUCCCUUCUCCCCUUAACCUUCGU